AUGAAAUUUUUUUUGUGUCAACCAUUUGAGACCUCUGAUGAUGAAGAGGAGGAAGAGGUGAGUGAAGAAGACCAGCUAGAGGAAUCAAUUGAAGAUGAAGACGGAGACGAGACUGCCGAUUCCAAUGCAGAGGAGGAUUUACAGGACGAAAAUGGCAUCGAAGGCCAACCACCCAUUGCCGCCAGCAGUAGUGAAUCGAAAGAGUCUCAAAAUGAUUCCGAUGCUUCUGUAAGUAGUGACGCGGACAUUUCUGUGAAAAAUGUUAAUGGCAAGCUGGAUGUAAAUGGCGGAAAGCCAGAGGAGUUGGACAAGAAAUCCAAAAUGAACGGUUCUAAAUCUCCUGGUAACACGAAAUUUAUUGCGAACUCCACAAGUGUACCAGCACGCCUGAAAAAUGUCAGUACCGAGACGAUGGUUUUUGCGGCUAUAAGAAGCUUAAAUGAGCGUGGCGGUUCUUCGACCAUUGCUAUCAAAAAAUACAUAACGAAUAAUUAUCCACAACUGGAUGGCCCGCGUACGCUAAUGCUAAUCAAGAAGUUUAUAAAGAAGGCCCUGGCAAAUGGAAAAUUGGUACAGGCGAAGGGUACCGGACUAGGCGGCUCGUUUAAAGUGUCUGCAGAGUUGAAUCGACUAGAGGAAAAGAAAAAGCGUCAGGACCAAAAGAAGCUUAUGCAAAAGGCUAGGAAGGAUACGGCUGCUGCCAAAGCGGAAAAAAUGCCGAAAAUAUCAGCGAAGGCAGCAAAGAAAAAGGCGGAAAACGGCGAGAAGAAAACAACCGCCGACAAAAAAACUACGAAAACUAAAACAGCGAAGACAUCGAUCAAAAUAGGUGAUACAGUUGAGAAGGCGCCAAAGGCGUCAGCUACAACGAAGAAGAUGGCAAAAGCAGCCGAUAAAAUUCAGCCGAAGAAAACUACUUCAAACGAAACAAAAUCGUCAACCAUAGUCAAUAAUAAGCCGGCGGAGAAGUCUAAGGCGACAAGUCAAAGUAAGAGCGCUAAAGCUGUUUCAAGUAGCACAACAAAAGUGAUAGCAGGCAAACCGAAGAGAGGAGCACCCGCUAAAUCUGAAGCUCCCAUAACGCCACCAAACGCGGUAUCAAAGGUUAAACCAGAAGCAACGCCGAAAAAGAAACCGACCGCCAAGGCUAAGACAACUGCUAUAGAAGUUGCUGAAGUGGGCGCUGGCGACGCGGAUACUGUGAAGAUGACCAAAAAGCCUGCGGCAAAGAAAGGCAAAGCAAAAUGA